AAACUCAUGUUGACAUAAUAUCUCCCUCUCUACUAGCAUUCAAUCUUCUUAAGUCUAAACCAUCUCGUUUCUAGUUUGUUCCACUAGGAAAAUUUAAAGAAUUCACAUUCUCCAUACUCACUUAGAACAUAGAAGUGAGAAAAUCAUGUUCUCUGCACCACAUUGGGGAGAUGGUUGCAAAAGCAUCAAAGGGUUUCCUCUCCAAGUCAUAAAAGGGAGGUGGUUCAUGAUGUUUGCAUCAUUCAUGAUCAUGUCAGUAUCAGGGGCUAGCUACAUGUUUAGCCUCUACUCCAGAGAAAUCAAGUUUGUUCUAGGAUAUGAUCAAUCCACUCUCAAUUUGUUAAGUUUCUUCAAGGACUUGGGUGCCCUCAUAGGCAUUCACUCAGGUGUAAUAAACGAGGUCACACCUCCUUGGGUUGUUUUAUCAAUUGGUGGGGUUCUAAAUUUUUUUGGGUAUUUUAUGAUUUGGCUUGCUGUGAGUAAAAAAAUUACAAGACCCCACCUGUGGCACAUGUGUUUAUACAUUAUUAUUGGAGGCAAUUCUCAUUGCUUUACCAACACUGCAGUUAUGGUGACCAGCGUAAAGAAUUUCCCUGGGACCCGGGGCAUUGUCUUAGGCAUUGUAGGUGGGUAUUUGAGUUUGAGUACAAUAAUCUUCACUCAACUAUACUACACCUUCUUUGAAAUCAACUCCAAAUCUCUACUUUUACUCAUGGCAUGGCUACCAACUGCUACCUCUUUAAUUUUCCUACCAGUUAUCAAGAACCACAGGAGUAUUCAACAGCCAAAUGACUCCAAGGUUUUCCAUAGGUUCAUCUACAUGAUACUUGUUUUUGCAGGGUUUCUCAUUGUUAUAAUCAUUGUACAAAAAUGUUUUAACAUCACCCAGAGGGAGUAUUAUGUCACUUCCACUGUGAUGCUUCACCUGCUUACCCUUCCACUUACUGUUGUUAUUGUGGAAGAAUACAAGAUUUGGAAGAGCAAACAAGAACAUAUCAAUUGUGAAAAUCCUCCAAGCCCCACGGAUAUAGCAGCAGCAAGAACAACAACAACAACAACAAAGCCUAAUCAAGUGAAGUCUGAGCAGGCUCCUCAUGCAGAACAAACUAUCCAAAACGGAUUUUCCUGGUGGCAAAACAUACUCAGGCCACCGAAAAGGGGUGAAGAUCACACAAUACUUCAAGCUAUUUUUAGUCUUGAUAUGGUGAUUCUUUUCUUAGCAACUAUAUUUGGGUAUGGUGGCAACCUGACUGUGUUAAAUAACAUGAGUCAGAUAGGAAAGUCCUUAGGAUAUCCUGCACAUACUAUAACCACAUUUCUCUCCCUUAUGUCAAUUUGGAUUUUUCUCGGUAAAAUUUCACAAGGGGUUAUCUCAGAAUUUAUGAUUGACAAAUUUAAAGCCCCUAGGCCUCUCAUGCUCACGAUACUCCUUGUAUUGUCUUGUAUUGGUCACCUGUUAAUUGCAUUCAAUGUUCCAAAUGGUCUUUAUGUAACAUCAAUUGUUAUUGGGUUUUGCUUUGGGGCAAACUGGCCAAUACUUUUUUCCAUCGUAUCUGAAUUGUUUGGUCUUAAACACUACUCAACAUUGCAUAAUGUUGGGACAAUAGCCGUUCCAAUUGGGUCAUACUUUCUCAGUGUGAGGGUGGCAGGGUAUCUGUAUGACAAGGAAGCCAUGAAGCAAAUGGAAGCAUUGGGGCUACAAAGAAAACCAGGAGAGGAAUUGAACUGCAAUGGGGGCGAGUGCUACAAAUUGGCUUUCAUAAUAAUCACUGCAGUUUCCAUGCUCGGGGCGCUUGUGUCAUUCAUUUUGGUGCUUAGGACUAAACAAUUCUACGAAACUGAUAUAUACAAGAAAUUCAAAGAAGAAUCUCGAACUGCGGAAACUGAAAUGGUUGUCCCUAGACAAGAAUGAACCACCUGCUUCUACAGAUGAAGGUUAGAUAUCUUCUGCAAGGAAAUGGUAAAAGAAAAAUUUGAGAAGCAGAGCAACAGCAAAAGAGGACAAUUAAACAACAAUACCCCAUCGUUUGAACUUUGGAGGAUGUUAUUGUAUCAAUCCCAAUUCUUAGCCAUUACUGCCACCUCUAAUUUACCUUAUUUUUAUGUAUUUUUCUCUUUUUAUUGCAUCACAUGACAUCAUAUAUUAAACUAUCACUUA